AUGCGGCCUAAAAACUUUGGCGCAAUGAGUUGUGGGCCGUGUAAAGCGUUUUUUCGCCGCAAUGCCAUUCAAAACAGGUUUAAGUGUCAGUUCAACGAGAGAUGCAAAAUAGAUAUCAUAACCAGAAAAUUCUGCCCAAAGUGUCGGCUAAAUAAAUGUUUUUCUAUUGGAAUGAACAAGGACUGGAUAUUAAAUGAGGAGCAAAAGGAAGUGAUCCGAAAGCGAUUGCAUGAGAAUCGACUCAUGAAACUCAAGACUAACACCGAGAGUAAUUCAUGCGAUGAUAAUAAUAGUGAUAAAAAACCAGCCAAAGAGCGCAAGGUCAAAAAGAAAAAAGUUGACAACAACAACAACAAUAGCCACAACUCGGAUGACAACACCGACAUCGAUGUCCUGACAGUACCUGCGCUUAAGACAUAUGUCUUGAGUAGCGAUGGGAGCGACAGCCUAUCGCCAGCUCUUCAGUCCGAUUACGAGGAGCUAAACACAGCCAUCGAUGGUAUGGCAAGUGAUCAUAACGAGUGGUCAUCGACCUCUUCGUGUGACAGCGAUUCCGCCGGCGGCGAUAAUCACCGAUCGCUGGUUUCCAUCCAUCGGCCGAUCGCUGACUACAGCAACAACUUUAACGAAAGGGAAGGCGUCUGUCUGUCGGAGCUGUUGUCGGCCAUGGAUUCGGUGAGGGAUCCGAUAUCACCCACGGCUCGAGAGUUGACAGACUUUCAUCACAUCUACCAGAUUAUGACCAUUAGAUUAGAUCACGGGAUUAGAGAUAUCAUCAAAUUGAGCAAAAAUCUGACCACAUUUAAAGCCGUGUCCGAAAUGGACAGAUAUAUACUCGUAAAGCAAAGUUGUGUUGAGAUAUGUUUAAUGAGAUCAGCCCUCGUAUACGACUACCGCACCGGCUAUUGGAAUAUAUUUCUGAGAAACGACGACUCGUAUCGCAUAAAACUCAAUGUUAUAAAACAACAUUCAAAUGAUAUUUAUAAGGCUUUCAAAACUUUUUUACAAAACGCUAAACUCGAGUGCGGCUCCGAUUCACUCAUAUUUGAUUUGUUGACGGCUAUAACGUUAUUCAACCCAAAUCAACCUAACCUAUCCAACAGGGAUGCUGUUCAGUGA